AUGGCGUUAUCUUUUGAAAUCAAUCCUCGUUUUCUGAUCGAUAUUCCUCUUCAUCAAUCACAGCAAAUCAUCGAGUCAAGUUGUGCUUACGAACUAGAACAACUUGUUUCUCUUGAACAAGCUUGUCAACCACUUGAAACUCUACUUGGUGCAGAACUUUCACUGUACGUCACUGUUGCCAAAUUGAAUUCUCAACAACCUAAACAUGAACUCUCGCAAGAUGAAGCUGCAUCGAUCUAUUUAUAUACAAUGGAAUGGGAUCAACCACAAAAUAGUCUCCAUAUUCUUCUCAAUCAAGCACUUUGCCAUUCGAACGAAAAUCAACUUCACCUGUGGCUGAAAUAUCUCAAAUUAUUAUUCACGGCCCUCUUCAAAGUACCAUAUGGUGAAUGUCAUCGAGCACGUGUUUCGCUGGCACGAGCAAUCUACGUCGACGCCGAUAUUUAUCUGUUCGAUGAUCCACUUUCAGCUGUUGAUCCAAAAGUAGCCGAACAAAUCUUCAAUGCUUGCAUCAGUUCUCAAGGACUUCUGACUGCAUCCGAUAUAUCAGUUUUACUUGUUGAUGGUCAUAUUGAAGCACAAGGUCCUUUUCAAGAAUUAUCAGUGCGUUAUUAUCCGACGAGUGAAAUUAAGGAUGAUAUUCAAAGAAGUACGCAUAGAGACAACGCACAAGAAAUCAGUAUCGUUGAGUUAGAUUUCAAAAAAGCCGUUGCCGACAGUCAGUCAAUCAUACAUAAUGAAACAUCGUUCAGUGCCCACGCCAAUUGGAAGAUUCGAUAUCGUCUAUUUACUGAAACAUCUUUAGGAUAUUUUGGUUUCUACAUUCUCAUAUUUCUGCUUGUUGUUGGUGAAUUUCUUUACAAUAUUUCGAAUUACUGGCUUGUAGAAUGGACAAGUCAAACUUAUAUUACACAACAAACUGUUACAUAUUUUGCUUACGUAUAUGUUGUCCUAGUACUAAGUGUAGUAUUGAUAUCGUAUGUACGUGCUGAUUAUUGGUACUAUGUUCUAUUGAAUGGUUCAGCUAGUUUACACAAUCGUAUGCUCAAAGGAAUCGUAUAUAGUUCAAUGCGGUUUUUCGAAAGUAAUCCAAGUGGUCGGAUUCUGAACCGAGCAAGUCAAGAUCAGUUGACGAUAGAAGAAAUAAUACCAGCGAUAUUCUUCGACGCUGUCCAGGUAUUGAUGACUGUGCUGGGUUCAGUCCUUGUUAUCGUUCUCAUCAAUCCGCUUAUAUCCAUUGUUGUUAUUCCACUCAUUGUUGCCAUAUGGUAUCUUCGAAAUUUUCAUAUAGUUCCCAGUAGACAAUUGAGACGUCUCGAAAGUGUAACACGUAGUCCUAUCUAUGCAUUCUUCUCAUCGUCACUAGACGGUCUAACAACCAUUCGAGCUUUCAAAGUUCAGGAAGAUUUUAUGAAAAUAUUUUUCAAACUGACAGAUGCAAAUACACGUGCUUACGUCCCGAUGCUAGCUAGUAAUCAUUGGCUUGGCUUUCAUCUUGAUCUCAUUGUUAUUCUAUUUCAAAUUGCUACUAUCAUAAUCGGUGUGGCGACGUACAAUGCAAAUACAUCAGCAGCAUUGGCUCUCGCUUUGGCAUAUGCUAUUACUUUAUCACAAAGACUUGCACGAGGUAUGCAGCAAUUAGCUGAAACUGAAAUUCAUAUGACGAGUGUGGAACGAAUUGACGAAUAUGCUCAAAUAUCACCAGAGGAAGACGAUGGUGGUGGUAAUCAAGAAACGUUAGUAAUAGAAAGUAAUUGGCCAAGUCUGGGAGCAAUCGAAUUUCGAAACUACACCAUGCGCUAUCGACCUGAGCUAGAACCGGUAUUGUGUAAUAUCAAUUUACACAUUAGUCCAAUGGAAAAGAUUGGUAUUAUUGGUCGUACAGGAGCUGGAAAAUCGUCUCUUUUUCAGGCACUCUUUCGAUUGGUUGAGAGAUCAGCUGUUAACGGCGAAAUUUUUAUUGAUGGUAUCGCUAUAAGCCGUCUCAAACGUAGUUACCUUCGAUCACAUCUUAGUGCUAUUCCUCAAACACCUAUUCUAUUUAGUGGCACACUUCGUUACAAUCUUGAUCCGUUUGAUAUAUAUACAGAUGACGAAUGUUUCAACGCGCUAAAAGAUGUACAACUCAAUCAUUUUAUUGGUCUCGAUAUGCCUGUAACUGAAUACGGCAAAAAUUUUAGUGUUGGUGAAUGUCAACUCAUCUGUGUAGCUCGAGCUCUUCUUAAGCAUAGUAAGAUAUUAUUGAUCGACGAAGCAACAGCGAAUAUUGAUCAUGAAACAGACGCAUUAAUUCAAAAAGUCAUCGCUGAUAAAUUUAGAGAUCGUACGAUUUUAACGAUCGCCCAUCGACUGAAUACCGUAGCCGAGAGUGAUCGAAUACUUGUGAUGGAUCAAGGACGAAUAGCUCAGUUUGAUGUGCCAAACAAAAUUUUAUAA